UCACUAUAUUGAUGUGUUAGAGUCUCUUUACUUCGUUCCUUCUUUUUUUUAUGUGUACAAUCCGUGUUAUUUCCUCAGAAAACAAGUGACGAUUCUAAAAUUCCAUGAAGUGAAAAGUAGCGUUAAAAUAGCAGAGAAAGAAAGGAUGUCCGAACCAGCUCCUUAUGUACCCAAAAACAUCCUCAUAACUGGUGCAGCAGGCUUCAUUCCAUCCCAUGUAACCAACAGAUUGACCAAGCUUUAUCCUGACUAUAGGAUUGUUGCUCUUGACAAGCUCGAUUAUUGUUCGAGCUUGAAAAAUCUGGAGCCGAGUUACUCAUCUCCUAAUUUCAAAUUUGUAAAGGCUGAUAUUACAAGUGCUGAUCUUAUCAACCAUCUUUUGGUUGAGGAGAAGAUUGACACAAUUAUGCAUUUUGCAGCACAGACUCAUGUGGAUAAUUCAUUUGGAAAUUCAUUUGAAUUCACAAUCAAUAACAUUUAUGGUACACAUGUACUUCUGGAAGCUUGUAAGUUGACUAAAUCCAUCAAAAGAUUCAUUCAUGUUAGUACAGAUGAAGUUUAUGGUGAGACUGAUUUGGAGACCGACAUUGGCAAUCCUGAAGCAUCUCAACUCCUUCCUACUAAUCCAUAUUCUGCUACUAAAGCGGGCGCUGAAAUGCUUGUCAUGGCUUACCAUAGGUCUUAUGGCCUACCGACAAUCACAACCCGAGGGAAUAACGUGUAUGGACCAAAUCAGUUCCCUGAGAAGUUGAUCCCAAAGUUCAUUAUUCUUGCCAUGAAAGGCGAGCGUUUGCCAAUUCAUGGGGAUGGAUCGAAUGUUAGGAGCUAUUUGUACUCUGAUGAUGUUGCUGAGGCAUUUGAUGUGAUACUACAUAAAGGGGUGAUUGGACAUGUGUAUAACAUUGGCACUAAAAAGGAGAGGCGAGUUUUGGAUGUGGCUGAGGACAUAUGCAAAUUAUUCAGCUUGAACGCUCAAGAUGUGAUCGAGUUUGUGCAAGACAGGCCGUUUAAUGACCAAAGGUACUUCUUGGAUGAUCAAAAGCUUAAGAAGUUAGGGUGGCGAGAACAGACCUCUUGGGAGGAAGGACUAAAGAUGACUCUGGAAUGGUACACCAAAAAUCCUGAUUGGUGGGGUGAUAUAACCGGAGCCCUUCACCCGCAUCCAAGAAUUUCAAACAUUAUGCCUUCGCAUGAUGAAGGUUGCCUGUUGCAGCUUAUAAAAGGUUGCAAGAAAGGCUGUGGCUCGGAGAUGAAGUUCUUGAUCUAUGGAAGAACUGGUUGGAUUGGAGGGUUGUUAGGAAAGAUUUGUGAAGAACGUGGAAUAGCAUACGAGUAUGGGACAGGAAGAUUGCAGGAUAGGAAUUCGCUAAUACAUGACAUGAUAAGAGUAAGGCCAACCCAUGUUUUCAACGCGGCUGGUGUUACUGGGAGGCCUAAUGUGGAUUGGUGUGAAUCGCAUAAAGUAGAGACAAUUAGAACUAAUGUCGUUGGUACACUAACUUUGGCUGAUAUCUGCAGAGCAGCGGACAUCUUGGUGAUGAAUUUCGCGACAGGUUGCAUAUUUGAGUAUGAUGAGAGGCACCCAUUAGGCUCAGGCAUUGGAUUCAAGGAGGAAGACAAGCCAAAUUUUACAGGAUCUUUCUACUCCAAGACCAAAGCCAUGGUUGAGGAGCUUGUAAAAGAAUAUGAAAAUGUUUGUACCCUCAGAGUGAGAAUGCCAAUAUCAUCUGAUCUUAGCAACCCGAGAAACUUCAUCACAAAGAUCACGCGUUAUGAUAAGGUGGUAAACAUACCAAAUAGCAUGACAGUGCUAGAUGAGCUGCUACCAAUCUCUAUUGAGAUGGCAAAGAGAAACUGCAGAGGGAUAUGGAACUUCACCAAUCCGGGAGUUGUGAGCCACAAUGAGAUUCUAGAGAUGUACAGAGAAUACAUAGAUCCCAACUUCAAGUGGCAGAAUUUUAAUCUUCAAGAACAAGCAAAAGUGAUCGUUGCACCGAGAAGUAACAACGAGCUUGACACGACAAAGCUGAAAAAUGAGUUCCCUGAAUUGUUAUCGAUCAAAGAUUCGAUCAACAAGUAUGUCUUUGGACCAAACAGAAAAACAUAAAACUUGAAAAUUGUACUUUUCAGAUAGUCUUGUUUUGAUUUUCAUCAACCUCUUUGUCAUAGUUACUUGUGGUUGUAGUUUUAGAUACAUAAUGUGAUUCAGGUACUUCCAAUGUUCUUAUUUUUCCGAGCACGAUUUUGCUCAGUGAAAUCUACUUCACUUUCAUUUUUGGUA